UGUUACUUUCAUUUCUGCAGCUGGUGGGAGCAGCAGAAACCGGACAUUCAGUUACAAAUGCAGUAAAUUAACAAAAGACACAAAUGAACAGGACAGAGUGAAACUCCCUGGCUGUGACUCCUGUGCUGAAUGGAUGAAACCCCCUCAGCAAAGGGAGGUUUCACAGGAAACACGAACUCAUGGAUGCUAGAAAAACCGAGAGCUUUGAAGGCCCCUGAAGCUGCUUGGAGGAAGUGUCCCUGCAGGACUCAGCAGACCCAGCUACGAUGAUGGGAAAGGUUCCUUCAUUCUCUCCCGGCUCCACAGUGAGCUCCGCUCUGCCCGGCUACGUCGCUCUCUGCCUCACUCUCCAGGUUCACAGGCUGGUGUCAGCACAGUUCACAGUGACUGGACCUGACCAUCCAGUCACCACGUCCCUAGGUGGGCUGGCCAUCCUGCCCUGCCACCUCUCCCCCAGUAUGAGCGCUGAGAACAUGGAGGUGGGAUGGUUCAGAUCCCAGGACUCUGAAGUCGUGCACCUGUACCGUGGUGGACAGGAUCAGUAUGGAGAGCAGAUGCUGGAAUAUCAAGGCAGAACUGAGCUCUUGAAAGACGACAUCACCGAUGGGAGAGUUUCCCUGAGAAUACGUGAUGUCCGACCCUCCGAUGAUGGGCACUACACAUGUUUUUUUCAGUCCAGUGUCUCUUAUGAUGAAGCUUUAUUGGAACUGCAGGUGGCAGAUUUGGGCUCUGCUCCUGUCAUCUCUGUGGAGGGACAUCAGGACGCAGGGAUCCGGGUUAUAUGUCGAUCAUCCGGAUGGUACCCACAGCCCGAGGUGCUGUGGCGAGAUCUCCAGGGGCAGCUCUUACCAUCAGCCUCUGAAGAAAUAUCCCCAGAGGCCAAUGGCCUGUUUCAAACAGAGAUUGCCAUUGUUCUAACAGAAGAGUCCAACCAGAAAGUGUCGUGCUGUGUCAGGAACCCCCGACUCAACCAGGAGAGAGAGUCAGCGAUUUCCAUAGCAGAGCUGUUUUUCCUGAGGGUCAAUCCCUGGACGGUGGCUCUGGGGGUGAUCCUGGCUCUCCUGGCUGGUCUCACUGCCCUGGUCAGUUACUGCUUCUGGAGGCAACGCAGAGCAAAAGAGACGCUGCGAUCGGAUAAGGAGAGCGAGAAAGAGACCCUGCUGUCUGAAUGGGAGGGAGAGAAAGAGGCUCUGCGAUCUGAGAUGAAGAGGCAGAAAGCGGAAUACGAGGCAGUGAAAGAACUGGGACUCACCAGAGCCCAAGGAUAUGCAGUGGACGUGACUCUGGAUCCAGACACGGCUCAUCCCAACCUCGUCCUGUCUGAGGAUCAGAAACGUGUGAGCUUUGGAUACACCUGCCAGGAUCUGCCCGACAAGCCUGAGAGAUUCGAUACUUAUCCCAUUGUCCUGGGCGCUGAGGGGUUCGUGGGCGGGCGGCGUUACUGGGAGGUGGAGGUGGGAGACACGACUGACUGGGACCUGGGGGUUUGUAGGGAAUCUGUGAGCAGGAAGGGGGAGGUCACACGCUCACCUGAGGAUGGAUACUGGGUCGUGUGGCUGGCGAGUGGGGUAUACCAGGCCCUCACCUCCCCCUCGACCCACCUCCCCAUGAGCGUCCGGCCCAGCCGGGUGGGGAUUUUCCUGGACUAUGAGGCGGGCGAGGUCUCGUUUUACAAUGUGACUGUCGGGUCCCAUCUCUUCACCUUCACUGGCACCUUCUCCGGGACCCUCCGCCCUUAUUUCUGUCCCUGGGUCAGCACGGCUCCCCUGAUCAUCUGCCCGGUCCCGGCUCCGGCCGGGGGGAAUCUCAGUCCCUGACAGCGACCCCUCGGCACAGACCGGCCCCCUCAGCGCCGCGGCUCCUCCCACCCCCCUGUGCGGGGGGCCGGUUACUGCAGCUACUGGAGUUUUUUGUGCUGCCCGGACGCUGCCAGUUUCCCUUUUCUGCUGCAGUAGAAAACCGGACACCUGGCAACCCCCGCCCAGGCUGCUGAGUGGGACCCACUUGCUGGAAGGAGCCAGACCGAUUCCCCCCCCCCACCCCCCUGUGUUUCCUCCACCCCCGGCACAGGACGAUGCUGGUAAGAAAUAUGGCCAGACAGCGAGGGGUUUUUGCUGCCCUCACCUUUCCCCGUCCCCUGCCCAGGGGUAGCAGAUGGUGACGGACGGGGAUCGUUCACUCCUCUCACAAUUUUCUACCCCAUGAAAUCUCAAUGCAAAAUAUGAAGAAAAGAUGAUUCUAAAUUAGAAAAUGUUAUUGUAAAACCAAAGCAUUUUCCUGGACAUUUCAACAGUACUUCUGACACAUGCAUCUGAACAUAUUUUUAGAAAUGGAAUUAUUUACAUUUAUUUUUUGAUUCUUCCCUCAAAUCUAUAUUGAGGUUUAACUUCUCUACAUGGCAUCAUCUGUAUUUCAACUGUGUCAUUUCAGGAAAUCCAAAAUAUGUAUCUUAUCAAAAUAAUUAUUAAAAACCGUCAGACUGGGCUGUUCAGUUACAAUGUACAUGUGUCAUAAAUAUCACAACUACACACAUGUGCAAUUGCUCUCACUCUCUCACUCUCUCUCUUUAUUGUCUUGACUGGUUCUCUCUGCAAGGCAGGGCACAUACACCCACCUCCUGCACUACACCUUUGACAAUUAAUAGGUGAAAAAAUGAUAGAAUUAAUUAAGCAAUAUAUUUAAGUUAACUCACACAAGAUUAUAAAAUAGUCUUUGAACUUCUGUCAGCAUUAAUUCAUGUGAUUUUUAACUUUCUAGCUACAUAUAAUCGGUAAUCAAGACAUGACCCUUCCUUUCUUGUUCUCACAUCAAUUAACAAAACACGGUCCCCAACCUCAAAUGCUAUCUUCCUAUAGAUAGAAAUCACUUCUACAAUAUCCAUUUUUUUAGUUUCUUUUUCUUUAGAAAUAUUAUUUGCAGGCAAUGUACUGUCAGUGUCAACUGUUGAUUUCAAGGUAGUGUUGGGCUGUUCAUGUUCUUGGUUCUAAGGACACAGCAAAUGUAUUUUGGUAAAAAAAUAGAGAAGGGGUUGUAUUCCUUUACUGAAUCAUCACAAAUUAACUUAAUUGUAUUAAAGACACUGGCACUUAAUGGCCCAUAAUAUGACAUUUGGUGAAGCUUUAUUGGGAAACCUUUCUUCUCGGCCAUAAAUCAGUCAAAAGGGUGAUAUUUUUGUUGUCGUGAAGUUCAGAAUACAAAGAAAAUAAAGUUGCUCCAGGAAAUUCAUCAUAGUUCCUCUGGGUUCUCUGUCCACCACCUUCUUGAAUGAUGUGUACAAAUAGUGCCUGAUUGGUCUAAUUCCUUGACAUUAGAAAUUGAAGAUCAUUUCCUGAAGAGGUAGCUGAGCAGAGUAUGAGGGGAGGCACAACGCAUGGAAUUGCUAGGACUACUUCUUGUUUUAAAUGUGAUGUGUUAUGAACAUUUUUAAUGUAAUAAUUUAGUUUUGAAAAUUUAUUCAUGCCCUAAACAUACCUUGAUUAUUUGAAAAUAAAUACCCUAAAAUUA